UCGUUGCUGCGUAAAAUCCAAAGAAACAUAGGGUCUAUAUAUCCCAUGCGUAAACAAUGGUCUUCUGGGCCACAUACCCUACAGAUCUUCCAUGAGUAUAUUAAUGACCCGACUCUGUGUCAGGUCGUUAGUGACCAAAUUACCACUAUAUCAAAGAGACAUGUUCAGGAACCCCAUCCUUACUAAUUACAAAUUACUUGCACAUUUCGAUCCUUUGAGUUUCCUCUAUCUACUUCCAUGAAAUCUGUUUUGCUAACUCUUGCUCUGAUGUGCUCAGCUUCAGACUCAGCUAUCACCAUACCACCACUUGAGAGCAUGUUGAGUCCAACUGUUUUUGGUCACCCUUUACGACACCAAGCAGGUCUGCAGCACUGGCGAUAUCGACAACUACUACGUCUUCAAGGGUUGUUAGCUCCCGGCCCAGAACAAACGCCAGAAUGUAAGCGCCGCUUCCGCCGAGCCUGCCCUGUCACCAAAAGGCAUCUCAUGCACGUAUUUCACGAACGGCGGUCGAACCAGACAGGCCUGCGGUGGCGUCCGGCCGCAGAUGGUGGCUAAGUCGUUCAAGGGCAUCAAUUCGGCGUGCACGGUAUGGAUGGGCAGGAACUGUGAUCGGUCCAAGUACUAGUGGGUCGGUCCUAUUAGGGGAUGGUGAAAGGUGCUACGAAAAUUUGAAAAUAGGAAGUCUCAUUUGUAAUGUGUUGUAAGUUGAUGGGUUGGGAGUUGGGAGCGAUCUUGGAGAAGGUGGGCCUUCAUGUGAUGCUAGCAGAAGGGAAUACGUAGACAGGAGAUCGUGUUCGAAUAAUGCUCAGAAAACCGGGCAGUGGCAUUGGCACAAGGGAGCUUGCAAAAUGUAAUCAGCCAGGACGAACUAUUUUAUGGCUCAAGGCAACUAAUGACACCAGAAUCUUUUUGCUUAACUUGUGAAUACUUUCAUGGGUUUCCAUGUUAGUAUUACCACCACAGGAUUGCGGACGUGAGUUUGACGGCACAGACUAUUCUGCUUUGACUGCCAUGACCACGACUUAAACCCACACGUAGUUACAG